ACGGCGGAAGACGCACAGUGAAGGCCGCCAUCUUGGAUAGGACGCCUACCUUAGCUAGGGAUAUUCCUCAGAUUCGCCUGUAAACCCGGAGGGAAGCAUUGCUGGAAAAGCCAAGCCGCGAGCCACAAUGGCCACAGCUCCCUACAACUAUUCCUACAUUUUCAAGUAUAUCAUAAUCGGUGAUAUGGGUGUAGGAAAGUCAUGCUUGCUUCAUCAGUUUACAGAAAAGAAAUUUAUGGCCGACUGUCCCCACACUAUUGGUGUAGAGUUUGGUACAAGAAUAAUUGAGGUGAGCGGUCAGAAGAUCAAGUUACAGAUUUGGGACACGGCGGGACAAGAGCGCUUCCGGGCUGUCACACGCAGUUACUACAGGGGGGCGGCUGGAGCACUCAUGGUCUAUGACAUCACCCGGAGAAGCACAUACAACCACCUCAGCAGCUGGCUGACAGAUGCCAGGAACCUCACUAAUCCCAACACUGUGAUCAUUCUCAUAGGUAACAAAGCAGACCUGGAGGCCCAGCGGGAUGUGACGUAUGAAGAGGCCAAGCAGUUUGCAGAGGAAAACGGCCUGUUAUUUCUUGAAGCCAGCGCAAAAACAGGUGAGAACGUUGAGGAUGCAUUUCUGGAAGCGGCAAAGAAGAUUUACCAAAACAUUCAGGAUGGCAGCCUUGACCUCAACGCAGCCGAGUCAGGAGUGCAGCAUAAGCCUUCGGCCCCCCAGGGAGGCCGGCUAACCAGUGAACCACAACCCCAGAGGGAAGGAUGCAGCUGCUAAUGAUCGCCAUUACCUCCCUGCACUCACUCGACCCCCCCCCCCCCCCCCAACUGCUCCCCAUCUCCCUCUGCCCAGGAGCCCUGCCUCACCUCAUCCGUGCAAGCGUGGGGGCCUGGAGCGCCAAAUGAGGCCUGGGCAGUGGCUAUCGGCACCCCCCCGUCUCCAUUUCUUCCCCCCUCUCCCCCCAGUCUCUGAUUCUGAUUCCCUGUUCGUCUGUCCUCUCCAUCUUGCACAAAGGUCACUGCCCUUGCAACAUGUGACACAGGUGCUUCCCACAGGGUACAGAUAAGUCAGCAUAACAAGAAAAAAAUCAGACAACAUGGACAAAAGUAGAGCCUUUUAAAAAUGUCUAAGUAUAUGUAGUAACUCCACAAAGAUGCAGAAAUGGCCAGCUCUUUGUACGGAUUCCUCUGCAGCUUAACUGUUUCAUCAUUUCCAAUUAAAUUAAGUAAGAUUCCAUCUGGCCUAUUUUUUUUUUUUUUUUAAUAAGUUUUUUUGCGUGUUUGUGUGUAAUGGAUAAGGAAGAAGGUCAUGUCUGAUGACCAAGUGCAGCUUGGUUCUUCAGCCAGUAUGAAGAAGGAUUCAUCUUUAAUGUUGAAUGAUGUGUGCACGAUUUCAUGAAACUUGAGGCACAUGCGUCCAUUCCAAACAUUCAGUGAGGAAGUUGCUGAAUUUGUACGUUACAUUCCAGAAAAGAUUUAAAAUAUUCCUGUUUUUCAACAAAAUUAACCAGGGACUGUUAAAUGUGUAUAAAUUGCUGUUGUUUUUCUUGAAUGUCAGAUAAAUAUGAUUUUAAGAUGAAAAGUGAAAUUGCGUACAUUUGAAAGCAGUUUUGUUACCAGCCUUAGUUGUACCGAUCUCCUCUAUAGCCCACUGCUCACACUGUGGGGAAAACAGCUGUACUCUGACCACCUGUAUAGUGAAAAUGUGAGCAUCCUCUUCAUGCAGUACUUCAUAUCAAUUUGUUUUUAUCUGAUGUUUUGUUUGCUUUAUUUUUUAUUAUCUUUGCUGUUCUACACAAAGAAAUUGAACACAUUUGUUUGAACUAAAUCACUUUUACAUUGAUAUUUAUUGAGACCCUGAUUUUUUUAUUUUUAUUUUUUGAAAAUGUAAGGAGUCCUGAGCAGCCAGCAUAAACCGGGACAUUUGGAGAUGUUUGCAGUUCAUUCACAGGAAGUGUAACUGAGGCUUUUAUGUUUGAUCUGUCCGGAAUUUAGAGAAGGGGGCUAUUUUCAUAAAUCACUGAUUAAAAUAACUGUUAGGAUCAUCUCUCUCCUGUAUGUUGAUGUUGACUCCAUGGCAACACAUAUUGGCUCGAUUUGUACUGGGUGCUUUGUGCAAGGUGGGCUUUUUUUAAGUGGAAAGGGGUCUGAAUAGACACACUCUUUAAAGACCAUCGCUAUUAGUUUUAAUUAUGAUCUGCUGUAAUUCUGGCUGUACCGUAACAGGUGAGUGGAAAGCCCCUUGUGUUACACAUCAGGUGUUCUUGGCUGCUUCAGUUGCUUGCUGUCCCAUCAUAAUUUUGAGGGUUAAUAGUGUGGAGGAGGACAGGGAAGCAGUGGAGCUUCAUGUGGUCCGCUUUUCAUAUUCAUUCUCAUUACUGUCAUGGGUUACAACUUGACCAUUUAUGUCCAUAAUUAAAAGCAAAAGGUAAAUAAGUAUAAUAUUCAAAUCAGUUUAAGUGAUUUUAAUGAUUGCUCUUGAUUUUAAAUCGUAAUAAAAAGAUUUAGAUUUUAGAAAUCAGUAAUAUCACAUUCAACAUUGUGGCUUCUUUGUCAUGUUGCCUUCAUGAAUUUAAGUGAAAUUUGCUGCAUUUAAGAAUGGGGGAAAAAUGUGAAACCGUUUGACGGGUGUUCCAAGAAUGAAAUCGCUUUCAUUAGUGUCACUUCUGCUUCCCACAGUUAUGGAAAUUAACACGUUAUCACUUUCCUGUAAGAAUAAGCCAACUAUGUCCAUCUGUAAGUGCAUUACAAAAGCAGUCGCAAGGCAGGCUGUGUUUUUCCACUCUAAGUAUAGUAGCCUGCUGACAUUAAUUCUUCACUGGUUAAAACAUUUGCUAUGAAACUUCAAUAAAUCAUUCAGUUAUGCAUCGGAGUAUAAUUGCAGGGGCAUUGCGGGGCUAUAGUUAGGCUAAUGGUCGUUUUAUCAAUAAACAGACAAUAUGCAGCUAUAGCACUGGAGUCGAUAUGUGGAAUGUAAUCAGUGGCCUGGAGCUUGUGUUGGCAUUUGUUCACUCUGAUUUUACUUGCUUUGAUUAGCUGUUGCCAGAAUGAAAAUGCACAAUUUAACCAAAUAUUAGACAAAAUCCUGUUCCUCAGUUUUGUUAAACUAAAAUGCUGUUAGACAAAUACAUUCAAGUGUGGGGGGGGUUAGGGGAGAAUGCCAGUUGUAUUUGUGCUAGUAAAAUAUUUUUUAAUGAAAACUACAAAACCUAAAGUAUUUGUAUUGAAUGUACCAUACAUUAAAAAAGUUUAAAAUCAUUCAAAGGGGAAACAAACGAUUAACUACUGCAUUGCCACCUCUAUUCACCUUUUCAAUAUGAUUUGACCAGUAAAGCAUAAUCCUCCGUGAAGCUGAAUUAAAAGUUCAGUUAAACUCCACAUAUGCUCCAUCCUGCAAGGCACCUCGUCUGGAGAAUGUAACAGUCUGCUUAGGAAAAAUGACUGCAGCGAAAAAAUAAUUAUGCCCCCGGGCCCUGCUGUCUGCAGAGUGUACGCGUCCCUCUAAUAAGUCCUGUGCAUGUCACCUAUGCUUUAUAUCUCCGGCUUCUGUAACAGGAAGGAACCUCGACACAACUAAGGGUAUAACCGGUAUCAAUGAGUUUGCUGUGAUCCUUUAUGUAUCCCAUCUUCUCUAUAGGUCUAGAGAAUUACUUGUGCUUUUCAAGUAGAUUUUGUGUACUCUCAGUAUCGGAUGUAAAAUCAUUGCUCUUGUUUCAGGAGAUCAUUAAAUCUCAUGUCAUGCCAUAGACUAUAAAUGACAAGCUUGUGUCCUGGGACCACGUUCUGCUAAUACAUGUAUAAGCUCUGGCCAAACCAAACAGUUAAAACUUGGCUUUACCUUUUGCUUGGUUGAUCUCUCUCCUGCCUUUUUAAUCUUCGUUUUGUUCUUUUCGUGUUUGACCACCUAACUACAUGCACUUGGGUCUUAUUUAUAUAUGUGAAUAUUUUUCUGUACUUUUCGGUUUAUGGGCCACAAUGCUAUUGAUCUAAAUAUUUGUAAAUAAAGUACAUAUCUAGAGAA